GCUCAAUCGUUCCUCUCUGAGCGUCCACGGCAAGAUGAGCGCGCCUCGAGCUCUGCGAUACUUCGCCAGAGUGAAGCAGUCGCGGAUAUUGCCGGAAACGCCCCGAAAUACGCCGAUACGAUACUUUCACAGCAACACCUCAAAGCAGGCCCAAGCAUUCGCGCAGCAGCCUAUACAGGAAGACAAGCCUGCUGGCUCGUCCAUCUCCAAUCCCCAACUCUCCUUCCCAUGCCUGGAUAACGCCGAAGAUCGCACGCGCCAGCUCUCCAAGAAGCGCUCAUUGUCGGGACCAGAACCAUCGUACACCUCCGGCAAACACGAGACCUUCCACUCGGCCGAACCCUUUCUACUCGACUGGGGUGGAGUCCUGCCUUCGUAUGACAUUGCAUGGGAAGCAUGGGGGACUUUGAAUGCAGAUAAAAGCAAUGCAAUCCUGCUGCACACCGGGCUGUCGGCCAGCAGUCAUGCACAUAGCACAGAGGCCAACUCGAAACCAGGUUGGUGGGAGAAGUUCAUUGGGCCUGGCGCGCCAUUGGACACGGACAAAUACUUCGUUAUAUGCACAAACGUGAUUGGAGGCUGCUAUGGGAGCACUGGACCGAGUAGCAUUGAUCCAUUGACUGGCAAGCACUACGGCACCAGCUUUCCGAUCUUGACGAUGCAGGAUAUGGUGCGAGCACAAUUCCGAUUGCUCGAUGCAAUGGGUAUCAAGAAGUUAUAUGCGAGUGUUGGCAAUAGUAUGGGAGGCAUGCAGUCGCUCGCACUUGGAGUCUUGGACAACGAACGCGUGGGCAGAAUUGUGUCGGUAUCGGGCUGCGCGCAAAGUACACCUUCAAGUAUCGCAAUGCGACAUUGUCAAAGGCAGGUCUUGAUGAAUGACCCAGCCUGGGCCAAGACAAGGGGCAACUAUUACGACAGCAUCCCACCACAUACGGGGAUGAAGUUGGCGCGAGAAAUUGCGACAAUCACGUACCGCUCUGGUCCAGAAUGGGAAAAGCGAUUUGGGAGGCAAAGAGCAGACUCCGCUAAACCCCCUGCGCUUUGUCCCGACUUCCUCAUUGAAACAUAUCUCGAUCAUGCAGGUGAGAAAUGGUGUCUGGAAUACGAUGCCAACAGCCUCCUCUAUGUCAGCAAAGCCAUGGACCUCUUCGACCUGGGCAAGGAGCUUCAAGAUGCGACUGCGGAACGCAGAAUAGCGAAUGCGGACAAGCUAAAGCAUGCAGUCAGCAAAGAGCAAGCAGAGCUCGAUCGGUGUGUCCUGAGUAUUCCAGAUGAACCAUACGAAGAACAAGAGUCAUCUGCCGAUAUCAUGGCCGCUUCCUUGUCUGACUCUGCCAAGCCAAGACACCCUUGUUCUGGUCCGCCUGAAGAUUUGGUCAGAGGUCUGGCACCAUUACGAGACAUUCCCACGCUUGUUGUAGGCGUCGCAUCCGAUAUCUUGUUUCCAGCGUGGCAACAGCGUGAGAUUGCGGAGACUCUGAGACGUGUUGGCAAUCGCAGCGUAUCGCACGCUGAGCUGGGAGAAGAUCGCAGUCUGUUUGGCCAUGACACUUUCUUGCUGGAUCUUGAAGGUGUCGGCGGGGAAAUAAAAAGGUUUCUGGGCUGAACAAAUGUUGGCACAGGCUAUUCUGUUCUGUCUGCAAAUCAUGACCAAUGCCACCGUAACCGUGGCCAAAAGGUCACGGCGUGACGAUCUGUCACGACUUAUGCGCGUUAUCGAGUAUGACUCCCUUCAUUCUACCGACGUCGAUCGCCAGCAGAGGCGAUGGCAAAAUCGAUAUCUCCGAACGUGGACAUGGAGUAUGG